AUGCAGAACCCAGAACUGUUCUGUGAUGACAAUCACAUAAAGAUCCAGUCCCUGAGUGAGGAAAACAUCCUGCAGUUAAUAUUCAUAUUCAAGCCAAAACUGAGUUUUGCAACCUGGAUGAAGCGACCCCUGAGCCCAUCCCUUUGCCCGGGGAGCAGUGUCACACAGAGCAGCAGCCCUGGAUGUCCACCAGAGCAGCACUCAAAGAGGGAGAAGAAGCAUGCAUUCACACUCUGCGAGGUGUGCAAUAUCCAGCUUAAUUCAGCUGUGCAGGCCCAGAUUCACUACAAUGGGAAGACCCACCAGAAACGCCUCCGGCAGCUCAACAAAGGAAAGGUCAUGCCAUGUCAAGGUCCAGCCAAUCACAAUAGCUCCCUCUUAACAUCACUUCCCAUCCCAGGACGGCCUCUACAUCCACCGCUGGACAUCAAGAAUUUUUUGACGUUCCGCCUCAGUGGGACACCACCGCUCAACCUCUUUCCCAACUUCAACACAAUGGAUCCUGUACAGAAAGCAGUCAUCAACCACACCUUUGGCAUACCCAACCCACUCAAGAAGAAGCAGUUCAUCUCUUGUAAUAUUUGUCACCUAAGGUUCAACUCUGCGAAUCAAGCAGAAGCACAUUACAGAGGCCACAAGCAUGCCCGCAGACUCAGAGCAAUUGAAACAGUGAAAAAUAAGCACAAGAUGGCAGACAGUAGCAACCAAGAGAAAAGAACUGACUUUGAUACUGCAUUAGAUCUCAGUGGAGGCACCAGCAGCAGCAGCAGCAGCAGCACCAACACAGCACAAGCCAAUGGCCUGCCAGAAUUGAACCAGCCAACUGCAGAGCACUGCAGCCUCGUCUUGAUGUCCCCCAUAGAGGAAUCUGCCGAGCUAGCAAGUGGCAUCCUGUCCCUAGUCUCCCCACCAGCUUCAGAACCUUCAGAAGGAGCUCCAGACACGGCAAGUGUGGCAUCACCAUCCACAGUACCCCAAGCAGAGAUGCCAGCCAGUGAAUCCGACCACACCACCAGCUCAGCGCCAGACACGGAGAAAGAGGGGAAGAAAAACAAGCACCACCUCUACUGUCCCACCUGCAAAGUGACAGUCAACUCUGCCUCUCAGCUGGAGGCUCAUAAUUCUGGAGCAAAGCACAAGUCAAUGCUGGAGGGCCAGGCAGUUUUACCAAGGCGAGGCAGGGGGAAAGUCCUCUCUCGAGUGGGGCACAAGCCUAAGCGUAUUGGCAGCAAAGGCAGCCUCAGCAUCCAAAGCAAGGCCUUCCAAUGCCAGGUGUGCGAGAUCUUUGUCAACUCAGAAACCCAGCUCAACCAGCACAUGAGCAGCAGGCGGCAUAAGGACAGACUUGCAGGAAAGCCACCAAAGCCCAAAUUCAGCCCGUACAGCAAACUGCAGAAGAACACAGCCCUGGCAGUGAGUAUUCUCAAGUCCAAACUGGCUCUCCAGAAGCACCUUACGAAGACUUUGGCUGCACGAUUCCUGCCAAGCCCCCUCACCACCGCCACCAUGUGUGCGCUGCCCAGCCCGCUAACGCUCCGACCAGCUGCUGCUACCCUCUUUCAAGCGCCCAUCUUUGGACCAGCGCUUUUCCGUACCACCCCAGGCCCCGUGCGGGCAGCAACAGGCCCCAUUGUCUUUGCCCCCUACUAG